AUGGAUUACAAUGAUUUAUGGAAAGUAAUGAUAGUUCCAUCGAUCACAUCCCAAGCCACAUUUUCGAAUAGUACAAUAGUACCUUCGACGAGAACUUUAAGUACCAUAAGUGAGCGAGAAAGUAAACUAGAUUUCUGUCUUUCGUUCGAUGAAAAUGAAAACAAAAAGGAUACAUACAGAAACGCUGAAAGAUCGGAAAUUACAUCUUCACCGCUUACCUGUCACGAUUAUUCACCGCGUUCUUUCAAGUCGGAUAAGCCGAUUUCUACAUUACACGGAAAUAAGAAAGAAUCACACGAUCGAACGAAGGAUAAAGUAAAUAAGGAAGAUAUACAUUCUCAAAUAUGUAACGACACGAAUAAUGCAUCAGUUGCACCUUUCAUCGAACUAGGAGCGAUUUAUAAAAUCCUCGACUUUAUUACAGACUCUGAUUCUCGAGUUUCCUUGCUGACUAAUAAUUGCUGUAACGAGUUUUUGCGAGCGUUACAAUGUUUGUUAGCUCAGCGUCAUAAGAAAUUAGAGGAUCUCCUUUCAAACGAUUCCUCUUUGCAUAGAUGUGAACAUUGCGGGGUAAUCAGUUGCAUACUAGAAUCGCACCCUACUAUCAAGAAACUUAAAAGAAAUAGGACAAAAACCAGACUCAAUGAUGAAGCUACAGCUGCCGAACGCGAUUGUAUUAAUAAUAAUCAGAAUAAUGAGAAAUCAGAAAUUUCAAUAAGUUCUCCAAAUUUAAUAAAUAAUGUGCAAUCAAGAAUCAAUGACUCUAAAGUGAACAAUCAAACUGAAUAUACAGACAAAUUGAGCGAAAUUGAGUUAUUGCCAACUAAAGAACAUUCUUUCGUAAUUAAGAAAUGUGUUGAAAGAUCAAAUGAAGCUAAUAAUAUAUCUGUUACGAAAGCCAGUAUUAAUCCCACAAUUAAAAAUAAAUUUUAUCCCGAUAAUAAUGCUAUUAAAAGAUUAUAUAUUACGGAUUUGGAAAUAGAGAGAAAGAAUAAAAAAAGAUACAAAUGCAAUAGUGCUGAACGAAAUAAUCCUGGUAAGUGUGAAUCUUCAAAUGCGAUAGAAGCCUACGCCAGUAUCGACAGGGAAGAAGUCGUGAGGGAGAUUUUAUAUGAACCUAAGUCGCAAAUCGAUGAUUCGUUGGCAAGAGAUCGACGUUCCAAUAUCCAAGGUUCGCAACAACCGCUCGACAAACGCGGCGAUAUUUAUCCGGUUGUCGACACGGUGAAAUAUUUGGCACGUGGUCAAUUUACGGGGUUAGACGAGAAAGAGAACGAACUUCUUUCGAAAUUGCAAGAAAAACGCUGUACUCGCCCGGACGACGCGAGAGACGGACGGAGUUCCGUCUUGUAUGGCAGUCGAGAGGAUUAUUCGCAACGCGACGCGGGAUUUUGGUUGUUCGACGAAUCGGGACAUUUGCCCCGAAUAGCUUUGGACGAUUACCGUUACCUACCAAUGCCGAGAAUAGACAAUAGCAGAGAGAACGUUAGCUUCCCUGCAAAUGUUUCGCGAUAUUCUCACGCGGUAGAAAAGACGAAAACGGAUAACUGGUCUAAUCACAUGGAGAAGGAUUCGCUUGAAGAUUGUGCUCUCCAGGAGCAAAGAAGAGAAAGUGAAGCUACUAUCUUUAGCUCGUCAUCCGUUGAGAAUUUAAUGUACGGAUCUCUAAAUAGGAAAUAUGAGAUAAAUAAUAUAGACGACGAAGACGUUCCUCGAGGUCGCCAAUUAGUUUCAUCAAGACCCUCUCUAGAUAUCGCUCGACAUGUCAGAGCUCAAAUUGCGAAAGACAGACAUUCCGGUAAUGCAAAAGAAUCAAUAGGCGAGCUAUAUACACAUGAAUCAAAUAUUUUAGUUCGAUUAUCGCCAGAAACACGAAGAAAAAUUUGUCAUUUAAUCAAAACAAUUGUAUCGGAUAAGAAUUCGACAUGUUUUUACAAAAAAUAUUUAAUAAACAACAUGCUAAAUGGCAAAAAGUUACCGCAUUCUAAAUCCGCGGACGCCGCAUUUGCUCAUUCCAAUAGGACAGACAAUGAGAUAAGAAAUAUUUGCGCGAAUGAUUGUGUUCCAACUAAAUUGUCUGACUUAUCAGAAGGUAAAGAUCGUUCGGUUAAAAGGCAAGGUAAUUUUGUAAAUUUACGUAACCAGAAUCUGAAUAGAUCCAAGAAUUCCGUCAAGAUUUAUCACGAGACUACGACUUCCGUUUCUGCAGAUAAUCCUAGAAAUAAAAUCAUACGACAAAUUAUUUACAAGGAUGCGUUGCUAAAAAACAUCGUUGGAAAAAACAAUGAAUAUACGGUGGCAGAAAUGUUGUCAAUUUAUCGUAAAAUUCUCGAGAACAGUAGAGACAUGGACUGGGAAAAUUUUCGGGAGUUUGUCGAAGUUCUUCAUCCCAACGAAAAAGAAUUAUGGCGCGACGUUUGUAGAAUCAUCAGUGAAGAAGCGAGAAGAAUAAGUGGCGAUACAGAUGACAAUACAGAAAUAUGUAUAGAAAUCAGUCCGGUGAAUCCUGAAGAGACUCCGAAAACAGGUGAAGUAAUGACGAGUGCGCGGGAAAUCGUGUUCGAGUUGGAUAUGACGUUAAAGAACGUCGAGAAUUUUUCCAACAAAAGAUUCGCCGAAGAGCGUCUUGACACACAUAAGAAUGCUGUAGAUGUUACGAAUUGGAGCAACAGCGGGCGGUGGGAGAGGAUUUCAAAGUAGACUCGUUAGUUAAGUUCCAAUAUGUAUAUCUGAAAAUAAAUCAGUCGAUCUCAUUUAAAUGUCUUUUAUCUUUUACAUCCUCUUCAUUUUUUUUUAUAUUAUCGUAUAUUUCAUCUCAGCUUUAAUCCAACGUAUAUUCCAGCUUAGCUUUAAUCCAACUUUAAUGGUGCAAAAGCUGCAUUGUCUUAACGUGAAAAGCAAAUUAUCGGUUUGGUAUCCCCCGGAGCAAUCUAUCACAAUCUAACGGUACACACCCUGAAACGGAGGGCAAAUAACGCGUUCUUCGCCAGUCAUUGCUCCACAGGAAGAUGGCCUCGCCCAUCGUUAUAUCGGGCGUUGCUCGAGUAAACGGCUAGAUGGGCUAGGUGGGUAAAUAGGUUGAUAGGAACGUGGCGCGACGCAGCACAACGUGGCGCGCUGCAAAGG